AUGGCUCUGAAGCUUGAUAUGGCGAAAGCCUAUGACAGGGUAGAGUGGGGUUUCCUGGAGCUGUUAUGCUUAAGAUGGGGUUUGCAGAGCAGUGAGAAUAUAGUUAUGCAUUGUGUGUCAUCGGUUUCUUUUUCGGUCCUUAUAAAUAGGGCACAUUCAGGGGAGUUUACUCCAUCUCGGGGUUUACGACAAGGUGAUCCUCUUACCCCGUAUCAGUUUAUUUUGUGUGCUGAGGCUCUAUUUGGGUUGAUUGAUAAAGAGGUGGAAGCGAAUGUGGAGGAGGUUAAUACUAUUAAAGAUGUUCUAAGGGUAUAUGAGGAGGCCUCGGGUCAGAUGGUGAGUCUUGAAAAGACCACGGUGUCAUUUAGUAAAGGUGUUGGUGAGGAGAGAAGGAGGGUGUUGGCGGAUAUUUUGGGAGUGAAGGUGGUCGAUAUACAUAAUAAAUAUCUGGGGCUUCCGACGGUUGUUGGAAGAUCUAAAAGGGUGUUGACCAAGGGUGUUAAGGAGAAUUUAUGGAAGAGACACUAG